AUGGUGCGCAUCUCUCGCUCUAAGCUAGCUGAACUUCAGCGAAACUAUGACAGGAGGUUUGGUAGGAUUGGCCGCGGCGAGGAAGCACGUCCGGAGGACAUACCACUCAAUCACUACGUCAGAUUCAACCAAAAUCCCCAUGAGCACAUUCGCCGGGGGGACUUCCUGCGGGAAAGCCUUGGUGUCGCCGUGGUUCGGGAGCUGGACGAGGCAUACGCGUACGCACGCUUGCAAGGCGAUCUCAAUCUGCCCGAUCGUCAGGUCUACUUCACCGACGGUUCAGCGUUCACACGGGCAGACCCGUUGUCCCCUUGCGUCGCUGCCGCGUUUGUCAAGUUUCCCUCCGGAGCAACCACCACUCACGUACAGAUCAUGAACCCUCAUCCGAUGGAUCAUGUUCCCGCCGCGAGCCAGGGCAAGCUCUCGUUCACGGUGGAGUGUGGUGGCCUCUGGCUCGCUGCCAAGGAGGCACUUCGGAGCAAGAAGGACAAUCCCCACAGCGAGUGGAACCUGUGUGUGGCUCUCACGGAUAGCCAGGAAGCUAUCUUGAACGGUCUUUGCAGCUUCCAGAAGGACGCAAGCCAGGGUCUGCCGUGGGAGUUGAUCAUUGAGAGGACGCUCGAGUGCAUCCGGAAACUUCGCGACCUCGGCGUGUUGUUCCUCGUUCACUGGGUCCCUGGGCACGUUGGUGUCCCGGGUAAUGAGGCUGCGGAUCGGUUGGCGGGCGAGACAGCCCGGUUCUUGAAUGAAUCUUGA